CUCUGUGCUGUGGUAACCAUGGAAACCAGACUGGAAGGAGUCAAAGAGGUUGGUUAUAGUUAGGAAGCUAGUUAAUUGUUUACACAAAGCUUUUUCAAUGACUUUGCUGGUGAAUGGGAGGUCAAAGGUCGGCCUGUAAUUCUGCAGUAGUGAUUUGUCCAGAUUGUUCUUUUUUAUCAGUGGUUUGAUUACUGCUGUUUUCAAAGCCUGGGGGAAAACGCCUGAUGAGAGCGAAGAGUUUAAUAUCUGGAUCAGAUCAGCAGCAAUAACAGGCAGAACUUUCUUAAAGAAAUGUGAGGAUAAAACAUCCAGACAGCAAGAACUGGAGCUUAUUGACUUAUAACUUCCUGUAGGGUUUUAUAAUAAGUAGUUGGAAUUGGGUCAUUUUUCCUGUAUUUGUUUUGUUUGGGCACAGCAUUGGUACUGACUUUAUAGUGGAUGUGCACUAUAAAAGUAAAAGUAAAUGAAAGUAAUAAAAUGACAAAUGAUUUAAUAAUGAGUGUAGAAUCUGUCUCAUGUUUCCUGUAACACAAUAUGAAGAUCAUUGAGAAAAAUGAAAUAGUUCCUGGCAGGAGAAUCACAAUGAACCAGAAAUCUUUGUGGGUGUGUGUGGGUGUGUGUGUGUUUGGUGUUUAUCAUGUCUACAGAUUAUUUCAUGUAUGAAGGAAUUAUUUUUUUCUAGGUUGGUGUGGAAAAACUCUUCAGACCUACAAGUCAGAAAGAAGAUCGAGUUUUAAUAAACUGAAUGUUUUAGAAAUCAUCCAGUUUUGACUGAUAAAGUAAGAAUAUGUAAAUCCCUGCAUAAGCUCCUUAGAUACAAUAAAAAAUAAUAAAAAAAACACUUUCUGACGAAAUCUGGAUAUUGAGGUGAUUUUCAGACCAGCUGCUGUUGAAUCUUCAUUUACUGCAGACAGAAAGUUUAUGCCAGAGGAUCAACAGUUUGUCUCACGCAGGGAUCCUGAGGGUGUGUUUACAUCCGCUGAAAAAUGUCUCCUUUUAUCUCCACAAAUCACUUCACCGCUGCCAUUUUACUCUGAUUCUGUCCUCAGGUGUCUUUGCUAACAGAAACAUGUUUGUUACUUUUAGUAUAAUUUGGUUUUAGAUGUUUUCGGAGGCGAAAUUCUAGGAAAACUCCCCGCAAGCGGCGCAAACAGACCGAGAAUCUGGCCGCUUUAAAGGCUCCUGGGACGAAGGAGAAACUUGUCGGACAUCAAACAUGAGCUCAGCGUGGAGGAGAGAGACUUUUCUACCUGCUUCAGUAACGUUGGUCUUGUAAGAUGUUUGUUUUCGGAGUGUUUCGAGGCUCAAUGUCGGCGGAGAAAACACAAAGUGGAGCCGCUUUUCGAGGCGGCAGCAGAGCAGCGGGCUGAGUUGUCUCUUCACGGUUCUCAUGUGUGUUAUAAGUCCCGCCUCCCGCUCUGAGCUCCACAAGUUCCGAGGAACGAAACAGACAUGGCAGAGGAAGCUCCAGCAGCCGCGCCGGCUAAGGCUCCGGCCAAAGCCCCGAAGAAGAAGUCCGCUCCCCGGGCCAAGCAGGACGGACCCAGCCUCCCGAAACUCAUCGUGGCCGCCGUGGCCGAGUCCAAGGAGCGCAAGGGGAUGUCCCUGGCGGCCCUCAAGAAGGUGCUGGCCGGGAAAGGAGUGGACGUGAGCAAGGCCAACAAGCGCAUCAACACCGCCGUCACCAAGCUGGUCACCAAAGGGACCCUGAGCCAGACUAAGGGCACGGGGGCCUCCGGCUCCUUCAAGCUCGCCAAGGAGCCCAAAGACGCUAAACCGGCCAAGAAGGUGGUGAAGAAGAAGGCUCCCGUCAAGGCCAAGAAGCCCGCCGCCAAGAAGAGCGCAGCGGCCAAGAAACCCGCCGCCAAGAAACCCGCAGCAGCGGCGGCAGCAGCAGCCAAGAAGUCCCCGAAGAAGGCUCCGGCCAAGAAAGCGGCCAAGAAGCCCGCCAAGAGCCCCAAGAAGGCCGCGGCCAAGAAACCCAAGGCCGCCGCCGUCAAGAAGCCCAAGGCCGCAGCCAAGAAAAGUCCAGCAAAGAAACCUGCAGCCAAGAAGGCCGCAGCGAAGAAGGCCAAGAAAUAAACA